AUGUCUCUGCACUAUCUUCCCCCCGUCAAGCCUUCGGCUAUUGCCCUGGGUACCAUCUUUAACCACUCCGUUGAGCUGGCUGUCCUGACCCCCCUCUUCGGUCAGACGUACAACCGCGCCAAGGCCGCCAACACCAAGGAGGAGUUCCUGCGCUCCAAGGAGGCGACCGGCGCCGCCGUGGCCUGGGGCACCUCGCUCGUGGGCUCGGCCCUGCAGUCGUACGGCGUGGGUGCCCUCAUCAACGCCACCGGCACCCUGAGCUACAAGGGCGCGGCCUACCUCGGCGCCCUCAUCUUUGCCGCCACCUCGGCCCCGACCUACCUGGCCCAGCUCUUCACCGAGAAGCGCCCCUCGGACACGGUCGCUGUCGGUGCCGUCGCCAAGCUCUUUGAGACGGUCGGCCUGGCUACCUUCCUCACCUGGUGGGGAACCAGGACAAACCCUUUCGAGUAA